CAUCGUUUGUCAUAAUCGGUUCAGUUGUUUACGCUACAGGAGGUCAAAAUAUAUUUAACUUUCACAUAAACUCAUAAAUAACAUAAAAUCAUGUUAAAGCCAAACAUACAAGAGACAUAUACAAUACCCUCCUAAGUCAGUCGGGUAAAGUUUAAAAAUUCAAACAGUUAUAUGAAUUUAUCAUCAUAAGCUUAGGGGUGACUAGGCCAUAGUCAACAACGCUGGCUAAGCGCGGGUUGGUUGACUUCACAAAUAUAUUUUGAAUUUUCUCGCAGAAAUGUGCAGGUUUGCAUCGUGAUAUUAAAAAAAAUGAAAAACAAAAGUGUACGAUUAUUUUCAGACUAUUAUAACCUUCAAGGCAAAGCGUUUUACUUUUACACCAUCGAAGGGACUGGAAUAAUGCGAUUAGUAUUGCGUGAACCCGUUGUAUGGAUUAACGUACAGUUUGGUACAAAUAAUAAAAAUGGUACAAAAAUACUUAACUUUUCAAUAAACUACAACGUCCAGGAAUUUGAUGUUUAUUUGGAGAAUAUUUCUUGGCCGGUUAACGAAAUUCUCGACAAAGCUGGAGAUCAAAUCCUUGCGGAACAUAAACAAGUCAUAGUCGAAGCUGUAAGGAAUCACUUAGUUCCUUUAAUAAAUGAACACAUCAAAAAUAUACCACCUUCAGAACUAUUACAAAUGAUAAGACAGAAAUUAAUAACAAAUUAGUACAUUAUAUAAUUUUAUUUAUUUAAGAAGACUGAUGUGUUAAUACUUUCCACAAUAUAAGUGUUUGAAUUUUUAUGUCGUAUUUCUUA